GCCGUGUCUUCUUAUCCCGUGCUCCCCACCCCGAUCCGACGACGACGCCCGCGACACGAGUCCAAGAGAGCCAGCCCCACGUCACUUGCGUUCACCGUCCUCCUCCUCCUCAACCUCCCUUUUCCUCCCCUCCUCGAGCCCCUCCCCUCGUUCCCAAUCCCAUCUCGCACCACCAACCUUCUCGAUCCAGCCAGCAUCCGCAGUUCCGCACACCCACAUGACCCGCAAGAGGCGCAAGCACGCCGCCGCCUAGGGUUCUGAUCCCCGCGCAUGGAGUCGCUGCCGCGGAAGCGCAAGGGCGCGCGUGGCGCGUGCUCCCUGGCCGGAUCCCUCCACGACGCGCCCGCUGCCCGCAAGCGCACCUGCCGGGAGCCCAAGCAACGCCCCGAGAAGAAGAGGCCGCCCUCCGCGGGCGGCGAUGCCGUUGGCGACGCCUCCUCCGCCCGAGGCGGCGUGGUGAUGACGGCGCCCCCCGCGAGCGGGCGGGCGGCGCCGGACAGCCCCGGGCGCGGACUGAAGCGGAAGCUGGGCUGCAUCGAGUCGGCCACGCGGAUGGGGAGGAAGAAGCGGCUCGAGAGCGAGUACGAGCUCGGCGGCGAGAUCGGCCAGGGCAAGUUCGGCUCCGUCCGGAUCUGCCGCGCCAAGGCCGGCGGCGAGGAGUUCGCCUGCAAGGCGCUGCCCAAGAACGGCGAGGAGACGGUCCACCGCGAGGUGGAGAUCAUGCAGCACCUCUCGGGCCACCCCGGCGUCGUCACGCUCAAGACCGUCUUCGAGGACGCCGACAAGUUUUACCUCGUCAUGGAGCUCUGCGGCGGGGGGAGGCUGCUCGACGAGGUCGCCAGGGAGGGGAAGUUCUCCGAGCAGCGCGCCGCCAUUGUGAUCAAGGAUCUCAUGGCCGUGCUCAAGUACUGCCACGAGAUGGGCGUUGUGCACAGGGACAUUAAGCCGGAGAAUAUUUUGCUCACCAAGGCCGGGAAGGUGAAGCUGGCCGACUUCGGACUCGCUGCACGGGUUACUAAUGGUCAGAAAUUGUCUGGCGUUGCUGGGAGCCCAGCAUAUGUGGCACCUGAAGUUCUUUCAGGAAGCUAUUCUGAGAAAGUAGAUAUAUGGGGUGCUGGUGUGCUACUUCAUGUACUAUUGCUUGGUUCACUUCCAUUUCAAGGAGGUUCUCUGGAUGCUGUCUUUGAGGCUAUAAAGACAGUUGAACUUGAUUUCAACAGUGGUCCAUGGGAAUCAAUAUCAGGUCUUGGACGGGAUCUUAUUGGCCAAAUGUUGAAUAGAGAUGUCUCCUCUAGAAUUACCGCUGAUGAAGUUCUUAGUCACCCAUGGGUCUUGUUUUACACGGAAUGUCCCCUGAAGGCUGUAGCUGCUAAUUUGUGUAUCACUAACAAGAUUGUAGCACCCAGAAUUCCAUGGGACAGAAUUAGGUCAGAAUGUGAUUCAUCAUCUUCAGAUUCAUCAAGCCAAAGGUCAGAGGAUCAGGACGAAUGUGGUAUAGUUGACGCACUGACCGCAGCGAUAACUCGUGUUAGGAUAUCAGAGCCAAAGAGGAGUCGGCUGUGUAGCCCUGCCAUUACCAUUCAGCAGGAAUGCUCUUCAAACUUGAAGAGUAACCUGUGUACGGCGUUCUGACCUGACCCAGUGUACAGCUCCAGAUUGGAAUGGUGUCCAUUUUUCUCACCUGAAGGUUGGCCUGAUUUACGAUGGCCCAACUGAUUUGUUGGUGUCUCGGAGCUGAGGAUAAUAGCUCGAGUUUUCAUCAAAGCAAACAAGCGUUUGAUAUGGUGUAGGGUUUUCUUCGGUGAUGCUGAUAAACCCGACAGUAGUAGUUGCUGUAAAUUCUGUACAUAGCAUGAUCCCCGUAGCUGCCUGGGUUGCUAAUUUAUGUCGUGACUAGUGGUGACUAUUUCAAGUAAUGUUUAUAUUCCUGUUGUGUGCGAUC